ACUCGCGACCGGACCACCAUCUUGCAGCGAACCACCAUCUUGCCCCGAACACAACGCACCAUCAUUUUGACUGCAUCGGGAUGGAAAGAUAGUGUGUAUACAUUCAUUAUCAGCGUGCGUUAUGUUCGGGGGAAGACGGUAGGCGUGUUGCGAGCGCGCGAGCGUGCCUACACGUGGUCUUCUGUCGUUGCCUCCCUUGCUUCCUUGCUCGCGCCCUGGCGCGCUCGCUGGUAGUCGUUUGCGCGGGAGAGAAGUCGCGCUUUGACGAGCAUCUAGGCGCGAGAGAGGGGUGUUUUUAAGGCUCGAGACAGGUGUCUAUGCGAAGCGCUUGCGGUUUUUGAUUUCUGCCACGUGUCCUGGUGGUGUGCAUCGUCUGCGGAACGGAUCGCUGCGCGCCAUGGCGUGUGGGGGGGGGUCCCAAUUGACGAAGGCGCUGCUACGGCGCGCGGCGUUGGCGUCGCGGCAUGGCGCAGGGGCGUCGGCGGCGGCGCCCGCCGCUGCUGCGCUUUCACAGGAGGCGCGGCCGCAGCGCCACACGCGCCAGUCUUCCCCCUGGCCAUCUUCGUCGUCUUCCUCCUCGCUGUCUUUGUCGCCACGUGUCGCUGCAGGAGGGUACCAGCAUCAGCAGUCGCGAUCUGUAACCUACAUGCCGAAGCCGGGAUCGGGCGCCGCCAGACCCGUCACGCUUAUCCUCGGCGAUGGCACCGGGCCUCUUGUCACAGAUGCAGUCGUGCAGGUGAUGGAGGCGAUGAGGGCUCCUCUCUACUUCGAGACCUUCGAAUGUUCAGGUUCAAUGAGCUGCAUGCCCGCCGAGAUCCUCGACUCUAUCAGGAGAAAUAAGGUAUGCCUUAAAGGGGGGCUAAGAACCCCCGUGGGAGGGGGAACUAGCUCUCUAAAUAUGCAGCUCCGCAAAGAGCUUGAUUUGUUUGCCAGCCUGGUGAUGUGCUUCAACGUUCCAGGAGUCGACACGCGUCAUGAGAACGUGAAUGUGGUGGUCAUCCGCGAGAACACAGAGGGAGAGUACUCUGGACUGGAGCACGAGGUGGUCCCAGGUGUUGUUGAAAGUUUGAAGGUUAUUACCAAACAUAAUUCUGAACGGAUCGCUAAGUAUGCGUUUGAGUAUGCGUAUCUGAAUGCAAGGAAGACGGUGACCGCUGUACACAAGGCGAACAUCAUGAAACUUGCUGACGGUCUAUUUUUGGAAUCCUGCCGCGAGGUGGCCAAGCAAUACAAAGGUAUCAAGUACAACGAGGUCAUCGUGGACAACUGCUGCAUGCAACUGGUGGCACGGCCGGAACAGUUUGAUGUGAUGGUGACACCUAAUCUGUACGGCACGCUGGUUGCAAACACUGCUGCGGGUAUUGCGGGUGGGACAGGUGUAAUGCCUGGAGGUAAUGUUGGGCUGGAGCAUGCUGUAUUUGAGCAAGGUGCAUCGGCUGGAAAUGUGGGAAAUGAAUGGCUGGUACAAAAUAAAGCUGCGAAUCCAACAGCGCUGCUGUUGUCGUCAGCCAUGAUGUUGCGACAUCUGCAGUUCCCAUCAUUUGCAGAUCGGCUUGAGCAUGGUGUCUACAAUGUCCUUGCCGAGCGCAAAGUGCGAACGAAAGAAUUGGGAGGAGACUCGACGACGCAAGAGUUUGUGGACGCAGUUAUUGCGGCAGUUGAGAAGGCACCAGUUGGGAAGUUCAUUCCGAGUAGGAAAUGAGAAGAAUAUCGAGGAGAAGAGGAGGAGGAGGAGAAGAAUGAAGAAGCUAUGGUGGAAAUCUGCAUGAUGUGCGAGGCAGAUUUCAACUCGCAGGAGUGUGCACACGGGUAGGUGACUGCGCACACGGACUGUAUGAGGAGCUGAGUUAGGCUGGAAAGUAGAAAGAGGACGGAGAGGAAAAGAGUCUGAAUGUUUCUUGUUUUGGGGGGACAGGAGGAAGGGGGAUGUUGCGGACUUUUGGUGAUGUGUGUGUGUGUGUGUGUGUGUGUGUGUGUGUGUGAGAGAGAGAGAGAGAGAGAGAGAGAGAGAGAGUCGUAAAGGGGAGGGGGGUCUUAUGGAAGACACCGAGCAAAGGAGAGGAAAGCAGGAUGGAGAAAGAAGUAAACAGGGGAGACGGAAGCUAGGAAGGAUAAGAGAGGAACUGGGAAAGGAAAAAGAGGUAGGGAGGGAGGGAGGAAGAAAGAAAGAAAGAAGGGAGGCGGAGGAAGGAGGAGGGAGGGAGUGAGCAAUGAAGGAAGGAAGAAGGAACAGUGGGGCAGAAGAAGAUACACUGGAUUGAAGGAAGGAAAGAUCGAGGGACGGGGAAUGGAGGAGGGACACAAUAAAAGGAAGUGAAGGAAGAACAGAGAGGAGGAGGCAGGGAGUGAAGAAACCUGCAUAAUCAAGAAAGUGAUUGUGUUUUGUGUUGAUCCUUCCUUCCUUCCUUCCUCAAUUGCUAAAUGGUGGAGGGUUGGUUGAGCAGGAUUUGCUGCGUUGCUUGGCGGCCUUUGCGUCCGGAUGUGGUCCCAAGCAGGUUUAUGUGCGGCAAAUGGCCACUGCAGGUCAGAUUAUCGCCAUUAUUAUAUUUUAUAAUAAUGGCGAUACUGUGAUUAGCACCAAUGACCCUUGCAGCAGCAUUAGAAUCUGCAAUAAUUGCUACUACCAAUUAAUACUCGGAUAGCGCUACGACGAGGAGUUGAUUGCUCUUCGAGGAGUUGAGUACUCUUCGUUAGGAAGUAGACGUUGCUGCUUUUGACCGGAUGAACGGAAGUCGGGAGUCUUUUCGAUUAGGCAAGCAAACUGCGCGCAGAAGGGGAAAUUUCUGUGGCCAUUGCUGUUUGUGUUUCGGGCGAAGAUUCUCAACACGAAGGCAGGUGCAAAUCGCGCUCUCUCUCCUUCAUCCUCCUGCUGAGGGUAGUCAUGUCAGAUAUGGCCACUUAUUUCAGCGGAUGCUGGCAGUUGAGCGGGUGGUUUGCCUAUAAGUAGUAAGAUAGGGCUGCGUGAGGAGUUCGCUAUAUGCCAUUGCACAGUAUGAUGCUAUAUCUGAGUUGUGGUGUAGGUGCAGAGUCACACUGCAGACCGUUCAGACGACUUGCGUCAGAGCCGUUGCCUCUGAUGUGCUACUUUAUAAUUUGAAUUGUUGCUUCCCAUGUCUUAUUGUCUCCGUCCGUAUCCGGAAUGUCUAUGCCUUUGGUUACAUCUGACCGCGUCGCCGCGGGGAUUGACACGACUUCAGGCGUGGUUUAGUUCCGUCUGAUCUUGCCCGGCACAAGAGUCCAGAGACUUCACGACCCUGCAAGGCGGACUUGUGCCGCGCUCCACUUUUUAUGGAGCAUUGGAAUAUGCGCCGAGGCCUGCUUUUUUCUUAAAGGGGUAAAGUGGGGUGGAAUUGUUCCAUGGCUGCCUUGCCCGUGUGCGAAUGGAGGGCCUGUACAGACUCUACUCGGUGGGUGGGUUGUUUUUUUAGGGGGCCAGCUUGACAGGCUUUGAGCCGAUCGUUUCAAUUCGUACUUGCAGUUGAUCGGUUGUGGCCUACUGUCUUCGGGCAAAUAGAGCGUACGGCGAUUUUGGCUGCAUUUGGGCGACUUGUCGGUCAGGGUAGUUAGUGCCUUCUUGAGACUGCUUUGCUUUCCUUUGGGGGGUAUGCGGCGGCUUGUGGCGAAGAUCAGAUCUUAGGAGCUUGGGGAGCACUGAUGCCAGGGCUUUAAAAAAAACUGAACCUGGGCAUAAUUGCGGCCAAAUACGUGCGCCCCCGAAAGUCCUGUUUGUGAAAAUAGGCCCCUAAUCAUUUUUAAUUAUAAACUGCCCCCCCGUUAAUGGAGUUGAGUCGUCGAAGUCACAGCGGUGUAACUGGUUCCCUGCACCUCUGCGGUUUUUGUUUGCGCUUCUGUCGAUUGUCUUGGUCUAGUCUGCAUUGUCUCCCCUAAACCCAAAUGGUUCAGCGAGGUCGGUCGCUUCAGGAGGGUUUCGUCGUUUUCAUCGUUGCUUCUACAUGCACAAGAGGCAGGAAUGACAAAGCAGAUGCAAAUGCAAAUGGAAUAGAGAGCCGUAAGAUAGGUGAUUAUCUGUUUACGGUUUGACGAGGACUCACUCGGGUACCGCUGCGAUGUUUUGCUCAGCCGGGAAGUUUCGCUCUAUUGAAUAUACAAGGAAUUCAAGUCGAAUGAGAUUCAUUGGAUUUUAGCUCAUCCUAUCGAUGACAGCAGCACAUUACGUCACUCAUGUUAAGCAAUGGAUCGGUUUGUUCAGCCGCUUUUCUGUGCGUAGGACUUUUCCACCUUCAUAAUUCUAAAUUUAGAGAGAAAUAUAGGUUGCAUUCUUCUUCAUUAAAAAGGUAGAGAUAGAGAUAGAGAUAGAGAUAGAGAUAGUGUAGUUUGGCAUUUUACGAUGACAGCAGCACAUUCUUGCUCAUUUCCGAUAUGUGGGGUGGCAUGGGAUCUAAGAGUUGUUGAAUGUUUGAAGCUUCUGUCCCUCUCUCCAAUUUCAUGGCAUUGUUCUCCUGAUGCCCUUCCCUGGCAGAACCUGGUUGCAGUUUUGACUUUCCUCUCUCUCUCUCUCUCUCACACACACACACACACACACACACACACACACACACACACUCACACACACACACACACACACACACACAGAUAGCAAACAUAAUGACACCCAACACAGCUAUUCCAAGCUGUCCGUCCAGGCAGAGUAGUGUGGCCAGGGUUGGGACCGUACUAGCAGUCAUGACAGUGGUUACGCAUGGCUGGCUGGGUGUGUGGAGUGGGUUUUGUCGCUGUGACAGACGAGUUUCUCAAACUUACUCUGUUAUUUGUCUUGGUUUUGCACCUCGACACUCUGCUGUGAUUGCAGGGUUCGUGUGAGUGAAGUUGGCAGCUGUCGGUUUUGCACCUCGACACUGUUUGUCUCCUGAUGAGUGCGUCAAAGA